UCCUAAAAACUUCGAGCGACAAUCAAGUGACAUCAAAUAGCGAUGUCACACUUUUUUACGACGGCAGUUUUUAUUGCGCUUUUGUCAGGCUGCAGCUUCGCAUAUUCAUGUAGACUCAAUAUUGGUGGACCCUCGCCCUUAUUUACAAAGGAUUUUGGAUCUAAAACCAUAGUCUUCAGAACGCAUGGAAGUGAAUUGGUAUUUGAAAACGGUGAAACUAUUCAGGUAUACUGUAACAAUGGGCUAAGGAUAGAGAGAAACUACUACGCAGAUAUUUUUCCAACUGAUCGAAGAGCAGAGUUCACCUGUGAAAGCAUGUCUAUUAUGUACGAGGGAAAUGCUACACCAUUUGUAAAAGUUUCCUGCUCACUUGAAGCUGCUUUAAGCUUUUAUGAAAGCAACAGGAAACUACCAAAAUGUAAAUCUUUUAUGAGCUAUGCACUCGGAGUCAAGCUCCCAGCCAUUGGUGAUUUCAUCAAGGCUGCUAUCUGUUAUGACCUGGAAAGGCUAACAUUGAAAUACGUCACCUAUAUUGCGGACCAUAAGAAAAUUUCAAUAUUCAAUAAGUUGAAUGCGAACAGUGAAUUGAUUGUGGAUUUGGGUCAAAAGGUCAAUAACCCGAACAACUAUUUCAAUUUCAUAAAUCAAAACUCGUUGGAAACCUCGCAAAACCUUGAGAAGUUCCCCUUCAAUUCACAUGAAUUUCACUUCGAGAGCUUAUUGCAAGGCCAGCCGCUGAAUGAGGAACUCAAAGACUAUGCCGACUUAUUCAACACAAUGUGGUGGCGCCAAUUGCGUCAGGAGAACUGGCGCUACUUCCUCGAUGCACUGCGCGAACGCACGCUGUCUGCCAAAUAUCAAGUUUUUAUGGGCACCUAUGGUAAUAUCACCAUUCCUUCGACGCAACCCAAUUGUAGUUCAACCAAAAGCGAAGUGGUGUCCGUACAUAAUGAGGACAUGGUCGUCCAAGCACCUGGCUACAUAUGGGCCUACUUGAAGUCUCUUAUACCCGGGGAAUCGGAAGAAUUUGUGGUCAUCGGACACAAUUCCCCCUACGCAAGGAAUCCGUCGCACACUGAAUUCUGUACAGUCGACAUAUGCGAUAACAUUGCUUGGUUAAGGGAAAGCAAUUUCGGGAACUUACGCCGACUGCCUUCACUUGGCUAUACUUUUUGGUGCCGUCCCGGGGAGGUAGCCAAGGUUAUUGAUUAUUUUCCUCUAUAUGAUGAUAAUGUUGAAUCAACAACCAUUAGCAGAAUAUUACAACCUUUCAAUAUGGAUGUAAAUGAAAGGGACUUUGAUUUGUUAUUCUCAUGAAUAAACAAUGAAAAAAUAAUACAUAAUUCAUUAUAUCCAGCGAACUAUAAACGCAACAUCACAUAAGUUAAAUAAACCACACUUUUAAAUGGCUACUUUAA